AUGGUCUACUCUAAGGCGCGGCUCCAGGAAGCCCUCGACGUCUACCACACAGCUUGGAAGCGUUCAGAAUCCGUUUCUCUCAAUAAGGAACGUCAUCUCCGCAAGGAUUACCAGUUUCGACGAGUCAAAUCUGCGUCGAAUUUUACGCAAGCCAUGGCGUGGUAUGACGAUGAUUCUUCCGAUGAGUACUAUCCCAGCGUCACGAAGAAACGUCGGCCUGCGGUCCGCAAGAUACCCAAACCCAAACGAACUAAAUACGAGACCAAGACAUCAAGCUCAGCUCCUGCCACCUACAGUAGGCUAUCCCUGGUAGUGACAUUGAAACUGAAGUCCAGUGCUGGCAGGGCGCUUUUGAACGACCUUAUCAGUAACAAUAGCACUUGCUUCGAGACCAAACCCGAUACAGACGAUACAGACGACACAAAGGGGGCGUCCGCUGAUGGCGGUGCAGGCGACAAACCUAACUCUGGUCGGCAACAUGAUACUCUUUUGGAGGGGCCAAGCAUGAGCAUCCAGGAUGAAGAGAGUGAUAAGGUCAUUGAUGGGACAAAUUGCAGUGGUCUUGACAUGAACAGAGAUCCUUUGCUCGGAGUUGAGGACCCUCUGGCGCGCGAGGAUGUCUUCGAAAUAGCCCGUACCGCAGUCCACAAAAGCCCUGGACCAACUCAACCAACACUACAGCAGAUCACUCACUCUCCAACGAUCGAAACCCGACAAAGUCGAGCCGUCGGAGCUGGAGCUUCCAGAGAACACCCAAUCAUUCUCGAUUCGCCCCCAUCCUCGCCACAAUUAGCAUCCCAGAACGAGCCAUUCACUAUACGCACCCCGUGGGCUCAUCCAAUCAGUUUCAAGCACGUUGAAACAUCAGAUCAGCCUUGCCACUUUUGCGAGGACUUCAGAUAUGGGGUCUUUGGAUAUGGCGUCAUUUGGGUCAACGUCUUCGAGUCCUCUGGGCAGCUUCAUGAGACGAAUCAUGGGCAUCGAUCUAUGGGCAAAGACGCAACACGCAUGUGCGUGAACUGUUCCCUCAACCGGCUUCAUAUUUCCAGAUGCGAAGGUCACUUAAUGCGACGAUUCGCCAAUCCACCCACUGCGCUCCGGCGCCAGUACAUUGCCCAGCUGUCUGCCCGCGACUAUCCCAAAGGCCCGCCGCUCAAACGCGGGUCCGAUGUUACUCAGAUCGUGGUGGUUAUGGUGGGCUUGCCUGCUCGGGGCAAGAGUUUGAUUGCUGGCAAAGUCAAAAGAUAUCUUCGAUGGACAUCGGUCAACGCCGAGGUGUUCAACGUCGGCAAAUACAGAAGAACGGACAACCCGCACCCAGAUGCAAAAUUCUUCGACGUCAAUAACGCCGAAGGCGAGAAGGCUCGCCGUGCCGCAGCAGAGGCCGCCGUCGCGGACAUGCUGAUGUGGUUCAAAGACAAGAACAACAAAGUCGCCCUCCUUGAUGCAACUAACUCUACCAAGUCGCGGCGAAAAUGGAUUCACGACAAGAUCGUCGAGGCUAACCUUCUCCACCUGUUCGUCGAGAGCAAAUGUGACGACGAGGAUCUUAUCAUGGCCAAUAUCCUCGAGGUGAAGACCACAUCACCUGAUUAUAUUGGCCAGGACCCCGAGGUGGCAGCGAAAGACUUCCGUAACCGGAUUCGGAACUACGAGAAGGUGUACCAGACGAUAGACGAGUCAGAAAAGCAUCUCACCUACGUGAAGAUCAUUAACAUUGGCGCACGGGUGGUGAUCAACCUCAUCCAAGACUAUCUGCAAUCUCGACUUGUGUAUUACCUCACUAAUUUGCACAUCAAGCCUCGCAGCAUCUGGCUAUCCAGGCAUGGCGAGUCUGAAUACAACCUUGAAGGCAAGAUCGGUGGCGAUGCCAACUUGUCGGAACGUGGUGAACGGUACGCGAGAAUGCUGCCCGAGCUGGUCAAGCGUUCAGGAUUGCCAAAGGAUGCUCCUUUGACUAUAUGGACAUCGACCCUGAAGAGGACGAGCCAGACGGCACAGUAUCUUCAGAAAGAACUCGGCUGGGAGAAGUUGCAAUGGAAAGCCCUCGAUGAGCUGGACAGUGGUGUUUGUGACGGGAUGACCUACCAACAAAUAUCCGAGAAGUACCCGGAAGACUUCCAAGCUCGCGACGACGACAAGUACAACUACCGGUAUCGUGGGGGCGAGUCGUACCGCGAUGUGGUCAUCCGGCUGGAGCCCAUUAUCAUGGAACUGGAACGAAGUGAGAAUAUCAUCAUCAUCACUCACCAAGCAAUUGUCCGCUGCAUAUUCGCAUACUUUAUGGAGAUCCCCCAGGAAAAAUCGCCUUGGAUGGAAGUGCCGCUGCACACACUGAUGAAACUUACGCCCAAGGCAUACGGCACCGAGGUCGAGCGCUUCAAGGCCGACAUCCCCGCCGUAUCGACGUGGCGACCCAAGGGCAGCACCGCCAAGCACCACGACAGCGUCAGCGAGGGUAUGCCCGAGGACGUGGUCGGUGAGGCCAAGGGCAAGAAUUUUGUCGCCCCCAGCGGCGCCGUCGUCAAGGAGAUCGACGCCGGCAACAACAGGAGGGAGUUGACCCAAGGAGAGGUGCCCAAGAUCAUGAUGACCGGGCUGCCCUUGCCUUGA